AGAACUUCGAAAUUCAAAAUAUUACUUAUUAGAUUAAACUACCUGUAUUAAACAUUAUACUACUAUGGUUUUGCAAAGAUGCAAUGUUUUAUCAAUGAAGAUUUGAAACGUGUCGAUGAACAUCACUUCAAAUCUACAUUUUAAUGUUGCUGAAACAUUAAUGGUCGCCAUCUUUACUCUUAGGAUAAUAAUAUCUUCUGGAGUAUAUAGAUGUUACAACUGAUUAUAAGUUAUUAGUUCCGAGUCGGAACUAAUUCGAACGCUGUCAAACAGUUAAAUGUCAAUUGUGGAGGCGCGUUAUAGUAGUGGUUAUUGAAUCACAAGAGAGUUAAUUUGGUAUUAACCUGUUGAGAAAUUAUCUUCUAAACACCAAAAUGCACGACGCUUAUGAAGAAACAUCAAUAUUAAAUAUCUCUGUUCAAAUAGAGUCUAUGGCUGCAUAUGAUGAUAAUUUGAUAAUCGGUACAAGAGAGGGUCAUCUUCUGAUGUAUAAUGUUCCAUCUGUGUCAGAUGAGAGUCAUAGAUUAGAAUUACUGCGUCAUAGUAAAAAUGUUAACAAAAAACGUAUCUCGCAAAUAGAUGUUGUACCAGAGUAUAAUUUAUUGAUAAUAUUAACAGAUAAUAUAGUAUGUGUUCAUGAUUUAAAUUCUCCAAAUUUUCAACAAGUUUACCAACUACAAAAGACUCGAGGUGCUACAUUAUUUACCUUAGAUAUACAGUCAUCAAAGAAUUUAAUAGAAAACGAAAAUACAGUUGUACACUUAUGUGUUGCUGUAAAACGCAAGUUACAGUUAUAUUUGUGCAAAGGAAAAAAAUUUGAGGAAUUUAAAAAUUUUGAAUUGAGCGUACCAGAUAUACCACGUGAGUUAUCCUGGUGUGGUGGAUCACUGAUUUUGGGUUUUCGUGGUUUGUCAUACACAAUUUUGGAUCUAGAUGGAAAGCCUAAAGAAUUAUUUCCCACUGGAAAGUCUCCUGAACCAAGUGUUACAAAAUUGUCUGAUAAUUCCUUUGUAUUAGGGAAAGAUUCUCAAUCAUUUGUUAUGGAUACACAAGGUGAAUUGAUUCAACAUAAUCCAGUAAAGUGGCCUGAUACACCAAGUGCAAUAGCUUGGGACAAUCCUUAUCUGCUUGGAAUUGUACAUGACAGAUUAGAAGUGUACACUAUCGAGGGUUGCAUACACAUUCAAACGAUAAAAGACUUGAACAAAGCUAGACUUAUAUAUAGAUGUAAACAAGGAAAGAUAUUUGUGGCAUCAAUUAGUCAUAUAUGGUGUGUGAGGGCAGUCGAUGUAACACUCCAAAUUAGAACAUUACUAGAACAAAAUCAAUUUCAGUUAGCACGGAAAUUAACAAAUUUAUUGGAUAUAACGGAAGAAGAAAAAAUGAAACAAACGUAUAAAAUACAAACGUUAUAUGCGCAUCAUCUUUUUAAUAACAAAAGAUUUCAAGAGGCAAUGGAUUUGUUUCUAAAGUUAAGAACAGAUCCGUAUGAAGUGAUCAGAUUGUUUCCCGACUUAGUUACUCUGUCGAGUAAUAAUCCAGAACUCAACGAUCCAACACCCAGUUUGCCGAAAUUACAAGAUCACGAUUUAGAAAAAGGUUUACGCGCGUUAAUAUCGUUUCUUACCGAAGUUAGAUAUGAGUUAAUGUGCGAUACAAUAGUGGAAAAAAAUUUGACAAAUGUAGCUAUCGAACAACUUUUAAAAAUUAUAGACACGACUUUGUUAAAAUGUUAUUUACAGACAACCGAUGCAUUAGUCGCGCCAUUACUUAGGUUAAAUCAUUGUCACUUGGCAGAAGCUGAGAAAACGUUACUCAUGUAUCAAAAGUAUCCAGAGCUUAUUAUACUGUACCAAACUAAAGGACAACAUAGAAAAGCAUUGGAACUUCUUGAAAAACAUGCAAAAGAGAACGAUCCUAGUCUCAAGGGUACCGAAAGAACAAUACAAUACUUGCAACACCUUGGUAAAGAUUAUAUUGAUUUAAUUUUAAAGUUUGCUGGAUGGGUUCUGAACGAAGAUCCGGAACAAGGGCUUCGAAUUUUUAUAGAUGAUAUACAGGAAGUUGAACAAUUACCAAGGCCAAAGGUAUUGGACUAUCUUCUCCGUUGUUACAAAGAUUUAGUUAUAACGUACUUAGAGCACGUAGUACACAUUUGGAACGACACUAAUUCAUUGUGCCAUAACGUUUUGAUACAUCAGUAUAAAGAAAAAUAUUUAGCAUCUAUGAGCGAUAGUGCUACACCAGCUGAAAAACAAGCCGGUCAACAUAUUAGACAGAAAUUGCUACAGUUUCUAGAGAAAUCUAUGUAUUACACACCAGAGACAAUAUUAAUACAUUUUCCGUUUGAUCAAUUAUUCGAGGAACGUGCAAUUAUUCUCGGGCGACUCGGACGUCACCAACAAGUUAUAUCGAUAUAUGCCAGUAUUCUUAACGAUAUACAAAAGGCGGUCGAUUAUUGUCAAAAUGUGUACGACAAAUAUCAAAAAACUGCAGAUAAACAAAAACAAUCUGAUGAUGCAGACAAGGUUUAUGGAAUGCUUAUUCAACAGUUAUUAUACCCUCAUAACGAAGUUUUGAAAACAGUAUGUAAUCCAGAAAUUCAACGAACAGUGCAACCUGAUCUGGAAAUGGCGCUUGAAAUCCUUGAAAAACAUGCAUCAAGAAUAGAUCCAUUGAAAGUAUUGGACAUUCUACCAGAUACAAUUCCAAUAGGUAGAAUAAAACACUUUUUAGAAGUUAGCUUGCACGAGACAUUCAUUGCUAAAAGGCGGGUACAAGUUUUGAAAAGUUUACUUUGCGCCGAACACUUACAAGUACAAGAGCAGCGUAUGUAUUACGAAUCACAUAACGUUCUCAUGACAGAGUUUAAUAUAUGCCCGGUAUGCAAGAAAAGAUUUGGCAAUCAAAGCGCGUUUGCUAGAUAUCCAAACGGCGACAUUGUACAUUAUUCGUGUCAAGAUCGUAGAGGAUAAGGAAGAAAUAAUUUAAAUGUAUUUAUAUUUAGUAAUGUAAAAUGUAUAUUGUGCUCAUGUUACGUAUAUAAAUGUAC